UCCAUUUCCAUUUCCAUUUUUGCAAAAGAAAAUCGUAAGAAAAGGAUGUGGUCUUUCAGAGUCUCCGUGAACGAUAUGAAGGUUCUAAUAGAUCCGUUGAUAACAUUGGGAUUGGUGGAUAUAAUGGCGGAUGGAAUAUUUUCACCGGAUAUGUUUUGCAUAAUGGCGGAUUCAGAUGUUUCCAUUCACAGCGCCUUCGGCAUUGAACUCUUGCCUCCAUUCUUCGACACUUUCUACGCCGACGAAGUUCGUCAACUAUUCUGGUUCCGCCUUACUCAUCUUUUUCCUCUUGCCGUACAAUUGCUAGAAUCUGGUUACACUUCUUUCACCUUCUCUAUCGAACGUUUCCGUUACAAUCACGCCCAAUUCAGAUUCGAAGGACCAAAUGGGCUUCUUCGCGAAGUUAAUUUCCUAUUGACUCCUGUCGUCCGUCCCUUGAGCAUUGGCGAAAUUGAUCUCUCUGCCUUUGUUACCAUGGAUUCUCAAGAAUUCUCCAACAUUAUCUCUGAAUAUCAUAUGUUUGAUUAUGUUCAAGUUAUUAUAACCAACAGACGGGUAUCAUUCUCUUAUGCAAUUAUACAAGAGACGAUUAUUACUCCACAGGAUGGGCAAUGCAUAAUCGGGGGUAUUAGACCACCUAAUGAAGUUCAAUUCAUAAUUACUAUGAGUCAACCAGAUGCUUUCUAUCAUUUUGCAAGUCAAUCGAAGAGAAUAUGGCUGUUUAAGGAAGUUAAUUCUACCAAAGGAAUAAUUACUGCCCCUCUUGGAUUGCAUGGUCGACUUGUCUCUUUUUUCUGUGAUUCUUCUGCAUGAUCUCGAUGAUUGAAUCACAUAUAAUUCCAUACUAUAUGUUUCUCUAUUUUCCUUUUUGUAUAAAAAUAAUGACAUAUGUUCAAGAAGUUCUCCAUAAUCUCGAUGAUUGAAUCAGUACUUAUAAUUCAAUAUUAUAUGUCUCUACGUACGUUUUCUUCUUUGUAUAAAAGUAAUGACAUAUGUUCAAGAAGUUUAGUUGUAAAUUGUUGGAUAUGAAAUAAA